ACGACUCCCAGCGUGCCCCGCGCGGGGCCGUCGCCGUGGCAGCCGCGGCCCGGUGGCGGGAGGCCCCGCGGAGGUUCCGCGCCGGUUCCGCGCCGGCGGACGGCGAUGGCGCAGGCGGCGCUGGGCGCGGCCGGCCUGCACCUGGACGAGCUGGGCAAGCUGCGGGUGCUGCAGCCCGAGGUGGCGCAGCUGACGGCGCAGCUCCGCGAGGAGUGCGGGGCCUUCCUCGACAGUAAGGCCGCGGCGGGCGGGAGCGGGAACCGGCGGGGUCUCCCAGAUGGUCACGGUCACAAAAUAGUAGAAUUUCAAAAAAUAGUCGGUAGCUUAAUCGAGCUGGUUGAUCAGCUGGCGAAGGCUGCUGAAAGCGAGAAGAUGAAGGCCAUCGGAGCACGAAAUUUGCUGAAGUCUAUAGCAAAGCAAAGGGAAGCUCAGGAACAGCAACUCCAGGCUUUAAUAGCUGAGAAGAAGGUGCAGCUGGAAAGAUACCGAAUAGAGUACGAGACUCUGUGUAAAAUUGAAGCGGACCAGAACGAAUUCAUCGACCAAUUCAUUUUUCAGAAAUAGAGGAUUUUAAGAUAAAAAUGAACUUGGAAACUUGACCAUUCCGGAAUCUUGAUAAUUUAAAAAAUAUGCAACUUUUCACUGUGUAUGAAUGAAGAGAUGGUUUGUACAAAUGAAAGUGUCUUAUAAUUCAGUGUGAAUGACACUAAAAUGGCAAUAAGGAGGGCUUCUAACAGAUGUAAAGACUGUUCUGUCCUUUGAUUUUAUAAAAGUUUUGUACAGUCAGUAGUACUAAUUCAAAUUAUGGUUGAAUUAACACUACUGUCGCUAUGUUCUGUCUCUCACUUUUUGAAUUGUACAGCUCUUUCAAAGAAAUCAGGAAAUAAAUUAUUGUUUUCAGACUUUCUGGAUAUACCAGAA